GAAAGGAGGAUGCUGGUUCUGCGGCUAGAGCGGCGGAUGCAGACCAGGAACGAGGUCGCCGUUUGGCCGAAGAGACGCGUGUUCCGAAGCAGCCGGCGCCGGUGUCGCUGAGGCAGCGCGGCGGGCUGACUGACCGACUGACGGCGGCGACCCGAGAGCCCGGCCCCGAGGGGACCGCGCGGUGGACGAGAUGCCGGGACCACCGGCAUCACCGCCGCCGCCGGUGCUGCUGCUGCUGCUGCUGCUGACCGUCGGCAGUGCGCGGGCCGCGCCACUUCCGCAAACAGGUGCAGGGGAAGCACCUGUUGCAGAAGUUCCCUCCUUGUUUGUGAUCCUAUCGGUGUUCAGUUUAAUGAUACUGAUAGUGUUAAUUGCAAACUGUGUUUCCUGCUGUAAGGAUCCAGAAAUAGACUUUAAGGAAUUUGAAGAUAAUUUUGAUGAUGAGAUAGACUUCACACCACCAGCAGAAGACACCCCCUCUGUGCAGUCCCCAGCCGAGGUCUUCACACUCUCAGUGCCAAAUAUUUCACUUCCAGCUCCAUCCCAGUUCCAGCCUUCUGUGGAAGGUUUGAAGUCUCAAGUUGCCCGUCACAGUCUAAACUAUAUACAGGAAAUUGGAAGUGGCUGGUUUGGAAAGGUCCUUCUGGGAGAGACUUACACAGGCACCAGCGUAGCAAGAGUCAUAGUGAAGGAGUUAAAAGUGAGUGCAAGUCCGAAGGAACAAGACACUUUCCUGAAAAAUGGAGAGCCUUACUACAUACUUCAGCAUCCGAAUGUUCUUCAGUGUGUCGGGCAGUGCGUGGAAGCCAUUCCCUACCUUCUGGUGUUCGAGUUCUGCGACCUGGGCGACCUGAAGGCUUAUCUGCGCAAUGAGCAAGAGCAUGUGCGGGGCGAUUCACAGACCAUGCUGCUGCAGAGGAUGGCGUGCGAGAUCGCCGCAGGCUUGGCAGCCAUGCACAAGCUGCACUUCCUGCACAGUGAUCUGGCCCUACGGAAUUGUUUUCUUACCUCCGACUUAAAUGUCAAAGUGGGCGACUAUGGGAUAGGAUUCAGCAGAUACAAGGAGGAUUACAUUGAGACAGACGACAAAAAAAUUUUCCCCCUGAGAUGGACAGCUCCAGAAUUAGUGACCAGCUUUCAAGAUAGACUCCUGACUGCAGAUCAGACUAAAUACAGUAAUAUCUGGUCCUUGGGUGUGACGCUUUGGGAACUCUUCAGUAAUGCUGCUCAGCCUUAUGCAACCCUUUCGGACCUGGAUGUCCUCAAUCAUGUCAUCAGAGAGAGGGACACGAAGCUCCCGACGCCCCAGCUGGAGCAGCCUCACUCUGAUAGAUGGUAUGAAGUGUUACAGUUCUGCUGGCUGUCUCCUGACAAGAGGCCAGCCGCAGAAGAUGUGCACCGCCUGCUCACUUACCUGCGGAUGCAGAGUCAGCGGGACUCAGAGGUGGACUUUGAACAGCAGUGGACCGCGCUCAAGCCAAACACCAACAGCAGGGACACAUCAAGUAGCGCUGCCUUCCCCAUCCUUGACCACUUUGCCCGGGACCGGCUAGGUCGGGAGAUGGAGGAGGUCCUCACAGUGACUGAGACCAGCCAGGGGCUGAGCUUCGAGUAUGUGUGGGAGGCCGCCAAGCAUGACCAUUUUGAUGAGCAAGGCCGGGGCCACCCAGACGAAGCCUUGUCUUACUCCAGUAUGUUCUUCCCUGUUGAAGUGUUUGAGAGUUCUCUUUCAGAUCCUGGCCCUGGCAAACAAGAUGACAGUGGCCAGGAGGUGCCCCUGAGGGCCCCUGGUGUGGUUCCGGUGUUUGAUGCACACAACCUCUCUGUUGGCAGUGACUAUUACAUCCAGUUGGAAGAGAAAAGCAGUAGCAACAUAGGGUUGGAUUAUCCACCUGCACUGCUCACGACUGAAGUGGACAAUCCAGAAAGGGUUGGCACUGAAGCACCCCAUCUUACAGCCCUUAAAACCCUCGUGUCUGAGGAGCCCAGUACAGAUGAGGAUUUCUUCCAGAGCAGUGCUCACCCCAAAGAACCCAGCUCUGCUGAGGACUCGCGUGCUGCCAGCAUCCCCGGGAGCCCUUUCAACAUAUUCAGUGACCUCGACAAAACAGGUGAUCUGGCCGGUCACCAAAAAAUGUUUGAUCUAAUGGAACUAAAUGGAGUUCAGGCUGACCUUAAGCCAGCCACCUUGAGUUCAAGCCUGGAUGACCCCAAAGAUACCUGCCAGUCAGACAGAGAAAAGCCCAAUAAGCUUUUGGACCAGGACCCGCCGUGCUUAUCAGAAAGCCUUUUGCACCAAGAUUGCUUUGAUCCACUGAGUGUUCAGGAAUUGUCAGAAAACUUCUUAUUCCUUCAGGAGAAAAACCUACUGAAAAGCUCACUACCUAGCAAGGAGCAGGUGAACGAUCUUCAGACAGAACUUAAGAACGCAGGUUUUACCUCAACGCUGUUAGAUUCACCCCAGAGAGACUCUGUAAGUUCUGAACUUGAGUUUCCUGAAAACACACAAGGCUUUCCUUUGUCACAGGAAACUAUGAGCAAAGAGAAUGAAGGUACAGAUGUCAUGCUUCAGGGUGGUGUGUCACCACAGGCCUCCCCAGAAAUACAGGUUCCUGGAACCUCAGUCACAGAAGCAGCAUCUCCUAAUGGCCCCUCAGACUCAAUUCUGAGGCCAGGAGAAACCAAAUCCUUUAUAGAUGUCAGAGUCCCUGAGGGCUCGAUCUGCCUGCAUCUAAGCCCCGACUCUGUAACUGGCCCGGUUGAAAUUCCUGCUGCCAAUGCCAAAACCCUUGAUGGAGGUGACGGACCCCUAGACAUCAUUUGCCAAAGCAAGGAGGCCUUGAAUCUAACCAAAAGAGACCCUGCCCUUGUGAAUGAUACUCUUGCUGGUCAGGGUAGCGUGGGGAGUAGUGUUCCAGAAUCGAGACAGGAGUUACAAAGUCAGCCACUUUCAGAAGACCUUCUUAGUGGCAGCUUACUGGCAAAAACCUCGGAAACUGUGGAGACUUUAAAUCAGCUUAAUUAUAAGGCUGCCCCGAAAGAUUCGGCCUUGGCCUCUGCCCUCUCCUCAGACUCCACCAGUCAGGAUAGCCUCUUAGAGGACAGUUUGUCAACACCUAUCCCCACCUCAGAGCAGUCUGUAGAGACACCAGACUCCCUGGAUUCAGUGGAUGUCCAUGAAGCGUUACUAGAGUCCCUGGGCCCCCACACUCCUCAGAAACCCUUGCCCCCUGAUAAGCCUGCAGACAGCGGCUAUGAAACAGAGAACCUGGAGUCUCCCGAGUGGACCCUGCACCCUGCACCUGAGGGGACUGCUGACUCGGACGCAGGUGCAGCAGGUGACAGUGGCCAGAGCAGUUUGCCUCCCAACCCGGUCAUUGUCAUCUCAGAUGCAGGCGAUGGCCACAGGGGUGCCGAAGGUCCCCCUCAGAGCUUUACACUUGGCACCCAGAGUUCAUACCGAGACUCUGCGUACUUUUCAGACAAUGACUCAGAGCCAGAUAAGAAGCCCGAGGAGGUGGCAGGAGCAUCUGCCUCUGCCCUGGUGUUGGUAAAGGGCCAGUCCCCACCUGAGUCAGUUGUCCCAGAGGAGAGCUCUGAUGUCAGAGACAGCUGUCUGGAAGCCCCACAGAGCGAGCCAGAUCAAAGCCAGGUGUCUGCUUUGCAGAAUUCUUGUCACUCAGAACCACAAGAAACAUUGCAGCCCACACCAGCUGAUGCUUCCAGAGAGACAUACCCUGUGGAUGAUGAGACCAGCAGCCCCUUGAGUUUGUUGAAUUCAGAACUUAGUAGCUGUGAUGACCUGGAGACACAGGAAGAUCGCCCAUGCACCCUGGCCUCCACAGGCACCAACACCAAUGAGCUCCUUGCAUACACAAGUUCCACCCUGGAUAAAUCCUUGUCCAGCCACUUUGAAGGCCCCAAGCUGAAGGAGCCAGACAUUGAAGGGAAAUACCUGGGCAAACUGUGUGUGUCUGGGAUGCUGGAUCUCUCAGAGGAUGGGAUGGAUGCAGAUGAGGAAGAUGAGAACAGUGAUGACUCGGACGACGAUCUGCGGGCCUUCAACUUACACAGCCUUAGCUCUGAGUCGGAAGACGACACAGAGCACCCUGUGCCCAUUAUCGUCAGUAACGAUGAUGGGAAGCACUUGCGGAGUUUACUGAAACCCUCAGCUCCCGAGGCCAUUGAGCAGCUGCCGGAUGACUGGAAGAAGGAAAAGAAGGCAGUGACGUUUUUUGAUGAUGUCACCGUUUAUCUGUUUGACCAGGAAACCCCCACCAAGGAGCUGGGGCAUUGCGGAGGAGAAGCACAUGGCCCUGGGCCCAGCAGCCCAGCAGCAUCCUCAGGCUCACCCUACCUGGGCAGGGGCAUGAAUUCUGAAAGUUCCACGGACGAAGAAGGUGGAGGCUUUGAAUGGGAUGAUGACUUCUCCCCAGAUCCUUUCAUGUCAAAAACAACAAGCCUUCUGGGUUCCAAACCUUCUCUUCAAACCUCCAAAUACUUUUCUCCUCCCCCGCCGGCCAGGGGUUCAGAGCAGAGCUGGCCACACGUGUCCCCCUGCUCCAGGUUCUCCAUCUCUCCUGCUAACAUUGCCAGCUUCUCUCUCACACACCUCACGGACUCGGACAUUGAACAAGGAGGCAGCAGUGAAGACGGAGAAAAGGAUUAAAAGGCUGUGGACACACUCUCCCAGCCCAAGCAGCGUUCCUGCAUGUUCGCCUGAGCAACGGCACCGACUCCAUGGUGACUGGCACCAGACACUGAAAGGCUCAGGAGUGAUGUGGAGCCGGGCCACCACGCCAGGAAGCCAGCUCCCUCUGCAGCACUGGUCUGCUCUGCUCAUGCACUAGAAGUGCUCUUGUGCUGGGCAUCCUGUUGAGGUGGCCACACUGCUCUGGCACAUGAAGUGUUGGAGGACCUGAACACCUCAGGUCAUGGGUCUGUUUUCUGUGUGGGUGUCUUCCCCACCACAUCCGUGCCUCCAGUCUAGGCAUGGGUGCCACAGAGGGGUGCACCAAGGGAAUGGUCACAAGUGAGCCAUAUUGUUUUUAAGGAAAUCACUAAUUGCUCUCUGACUGCACUGUAGGUGAGUGUUCUGAGCUCCCAAUAUUGUACAGCAUCGUAAAUUAUCCAAGGAAAACAUGGCAGGUCAAGCUGGUGCUGUCCACUGGUUUGAUUCCCCCCCC